GCCUCCUAUACGUGUCUUUUAAUACAAAGACAUUUCAAGUCAAGAUGACGACCGCUGCCCAGCCCGCCCCCGACAUCAUGGAAUCCCUUGAAAAGCACAAUGCUGCUUUCACCACCCUCCUCUCUCUUAUCCCUGCUCAAUACUACAUUGCCGCCGAUCCCGAGGUUGCCGAUAGCAAGUGGAUGAAGAACAAGAAGAGAAAGACUGGUGAGGAAAUCAAAGAGAAUAAGAAGAAGGUCAAGCAGGCCAAACUCGACCCUUCAAAGAACCUCACCACCGCCGAAAUUUUAGCCCAGAACAACAAUGGAGAAAAAUCUCCCGAAGAGUCCUCGGAUGCUAUCGCUGGACCAUCUACCAAUCUCACUCCUCUCCCACCUACUGCUUCCAUCUCCGAACUUCGUGCCAAACUCCAACAGCGUCUCAAGACAUUCCGUUCCCGCCGAGGAGCCGGCGACGGCGAAGAGACCAACGACGGAGCUUCAGUCUCUUCAAGAGAUGCUUUGGAGGAGGAAAGGAGGAGGAAGAGGGGUGAGAUGAGAGACCGAAGAAGGAAUGAGCGAAAGGAGGAGAGGAGGAAAGAGAGGGAAGGUAAAGCAGAGAAGAAGGAGAAGAAGGCUGCUCAGCAAGGGCCAGACGACGUGAAAGCGAAGACAGCGAAGACCCAGUUGAUCGUGCCUCAACCUAAGAACACUAUCAAUGACGAAGACCUUUCCUUCCCUGCCAUCUCACUCCCGUCCAAGCAGUCCGACAAAUCCGGCACCCAUCUCAAACGGAUCUCCAAUCCUUCCCAGGCUCUUGCCCAUUUGGAGAAACACAAGGCCAAAUUGGCCGCGAUGCCAGAGGAUAAGAGGGCUGAGAUUGAGGAGAAGGAGAGAUGGGCGAAAGCUGAGGAGAGAGCGAAGGGUGGAAAGGUUGCCGAUCAGGAAAAGGUGCUCAAAAAUGCUGUUAAGAGGAAGGAAAAGACAAAAACGAAGAGUUCCAAGGAGUGGGCUGAACGAAAGCGCGAACUUGAGAAAUCAAACGCCAUCUCCCUCAAGAAGCGUAACGACAACAUUGCCAAGCGUGCAGAGGAGAGGAGGAACAAGCGUACGGGGGGUAGCAAGGAUAAGGGAAAGGGGAAGGGUUCCAAGAAGGGGCGACCCGGCUUUGAGGGGAAAAAGGGGAAGAAGUGAGCGCUUGUACUAUACCCUAGACAUAUCUGGCCUUUUGCUUUGGUGUUCUCCAUGUAUUUGCAUAUCUA